UUUUUUUCUUCUUCAGUAUCUUAAGCUGCUUUUGUUCUCACAGUGAAAGACCAUUGUUUGUUUCUUCUUUUUUACUCUUUUAAGAGCGUUUCAUUUCGCGCUUUUAAGGUCUCAAAGAAGAGGGAAAGCUUAACGAUAAGCUCUGUCAUCUUUUUUUGGAGUUGUUUCAGUGGCGAAAUCGUAAAAAAAAUGGAGAGAAAACAGGGUUUUUUUUCAGUAGUAAGAGGGUUAUCUCCGAGCCGUUCCCGGUCCAAAAGUCCGGCGAGAAGUGCUUCACCAAUGUCGGGUUUACUAAGACGUCGGAGGAACAACGGUAGUCACCACGUUUCACAGCCGGACCCUUUGAUUUUCAGGUCUGGGAGCUUAAGACCAGCUGAAGCUUUGUCUCCGUUGAAAGAAGGUCCCGAUCCCGACGGAACUGACGCCGGAGAUUCAAGGAUGGAAGGAAGAUGGGCUCAGUGGAUGAAGGGUCAACUAGCACGCGCUCCUUCCGUUUCAACUUCGACUUGUAAACGGUCCGAUCUGAGAUUGUUGCUUGGUGUCUUGGGUGCGCCGUUGGCACCGGUGCACGUUAGCGCUUUAGACCCUUUUCCUCUACUCAGUAUUAAAGAUACCCCAAUUGAAACUUCAUCAGCUCAAUACAUAUUACAGCAAUAUACAGCUGCAUCAGGUGGACAAAAGCUUCAAAAUUCGAUUCACAAUGCUUAUGCUAUGGGAAGGGUGAGAAUGAUAGCUUCCGAGUUCGAGACGGCUAACAAGGUUACGAAGAAUCGGAAUUCUUCCAAGGCAGCCGAGUCCGGUGGGUUUGUGUUAUGGCAAAUGAAUCCAGAUAUGUGGUAUGUUGAGCUUGCACUUGGCGGUAGUAAGGUUCAUGCAGGUUGUAAUGGGAAGCUUGUGUGGAGGCACACUCCUUGGCUCGGUGCACAUGCAGCUAAAGGACCGGUUAGACCCCUUCGUCGUGCACUUCAGGGGCUUGAUCCAAGAACAACGGCGAGCAUGUUUACUAAUGCGAGAUGCAUUGGGGAAAAGAAGAUAAACGAGGAUUGCUUUAUCCUCAAGCUUUGUGCUGAUCCAGCAACAUUGAAGGCCAGGAGUGAAGGACCUGCCGAGAUCAUAAGACAUGUUUUAUUUGGUUACUUUAGCCAGAAGACAGGGCUUCUAGUGCACAUGGAAGAUUCACAUUUGACUAGAAUUCAGAACAAUGGCGGUGAUGCCGUGUACUGGGAAACAACAAUCAAUUCGUUCCUCGAGGAUUAUAGACCUGUUGAGGGAAUAAUGAUCGCACACUCAGGUCGUUCUUUGGUGACCCUUCGGUUUGGAGAUACUGCAAUGAGUCACACUAGAACCAGGAUGGAAGAAGCAUGGGCAAUCGAAGAAGUGGCGUUCAACGUUCCAGGUCUGUCAAUGGAUUGUUUCAUACCCCCGGCUGAAAUCCGAUUGGCUUCAAUCAGUGAAGCCUGUGAAUUCUCUCAAGGUCCAAGGGUGAAAACUAUGUAAGCUCACGAUCGAGGCAGUAAUGUCUCCGGAAUAUAAAGUAAUUACACCAACUGAACUAGAUGUAAUAGUUUUUUUUUUACUUGACUAACUAAAUUAGAAGGUAAAAUCAGAAUUGUAGUUUGUCAGAGAAUUUUGUAUUUGCAUCACUGUCUCUUUGAAUUUGUAAAUACAGAACAAUGUAGCCCUUUUUUUUAUUGUAUUCCGAUGGCAUAAAAUUGUCUCUUA